ACAACAAGAAAUGGCACCUGUUGUUAUUGCAGUUUCAAUUCUUUUUGGAAUAUUUCUUGUUGCAACAUUUAAAGGCAAACGUGGUUCUAAUAAUUCUUGCGAUUUCAUUAUGAGAAUUAUAUCUUGUGAUCUUAUUAGAUAUAUUGAUGAAACGAAUAGUAAAUUACCAACAAAGAAUCAUCCAAAGAAAAUUAUUGAUGCUUUACGUUUAAUGAGUAAAUUAUUUAAAGAAAUAUUUGAAUUACUAUUUUUGGAUGAAUAUUUUUUGUAUUUCGAGAUAAAAGAAUACAAGAAGCAAGAUUUGGAAUCAAAAUCAAAAGAUUUUACAGAUUAUCAUAAAUAUAUGGAAUGGAGAAAAUAUAAAUUAUCAUUUUUCUGGGAGAAAAUGAUCAUAAAUUCUUUUUGUAAAUUAGGAGUUCAUGAUAAAAUAAAUGAUUUUUUUAUUGAAAUUACGCUGGCAUCUAUGAUGUAUGAAGGUCAUGAUAUAGAUCAAAUAUGUAAUUUUCAUCUUUACGAAUAUGAUAAAGAUGAAUAUCAAAAAGCGAAAAAACGAUGUUAUUGUGUAGAUUUUUACAAGAAUGAUGCAGUAUUUGUACAAUCAAAGAGAAAGAAAAAAUAUCAUUGGAUAUACAAGAAUAGGAAAUGCAGAUUUAAUGUUUAUGAAGGAGGUUUUUGUUGUUUCUGUGGACAAGAAAAUCAUGAUGAAUAUGAAUGUUUAGAUUUAAAAAGAUUAUUAAAUGACAAAUGA